AUGGAUAUAAAAACACUGCAAUGGUUAUUCAUAUUUGCUCUAGCAAUGAGUGCCUUAGCUUUGAUAGCAAUCGUUGUAGCUGUUCCACUGCUUCAGGCAGAACUUGAUGAUCUUACAGCUGAAAUUCUCAGAGAUAUGAAGGAGUUUAAGGCUUCAACUGAUGCGUUAUGGACCGAUAUUAUGGCUUUUGAAAGGAGUCCGAGAGCCCAUAAACGUGAUAUUCCACUUGUCUACAUCUUCAAGCCUCUUGUACAUCGUAAAGCAAAACGUCCUCAUAAAUUCAAAGUCGAACGUUUGAGGCAAUCAGUAUCUCUCAAGCACAAGCUAUGGCGUGUGCUUGAGGAAGUAAAGCCAGAGAAACCGUAUUUUGACAAGCGAUGGGGAAGACGUGUUACUAUCAAAAUGGAAGCACCUCUACCAAGAGCUUACGGCCAGGCAAUCAGGAAGAAGCAUUGGCGUGAUAUGAUAUCCAAAAUCAAGGUGAUCGAAGCAUCACACACAGGCUACUACAGUGAGAGAAAAUCAGUGACUCUGAAACAGUGUGCACUUGUGCAGAAUCCUGAGUGCCCUAUGGGCUCGAUAGGAUUGCCAGGUGAAGAUGGUCUGGAUGGAGAAGAUGCUCCUGAUGGACCUCCAGGUAGUGACGGAUUGGAUGCCGAAAACUACGCCGGAAACGAUUGUUUGCUAUGCCCCGCAGGUCCACCAGGCCCCUCAGGGCCACCUGGGCCACCUGGACCUCAAGGACCCAUUGGAGAAAAUGGAGAGCCAGGCCUCCAAAUUGUAGGACAUAGUCCGCCAGGUCCGCGAGGAUAUCCCGGACCUCGAGGAAUGAAGGGAUCUACAGGUGCACCAGGCUUAUCUGGUUUCCCCGCCUUUAUUUGGGUACCAGCUCCUGGUAAGAAAGGAUCACCAGGUUCACAAGGCAAAGUUGGAAUACAAGGAGGACCGGGUCUUGAUGGCAAUGUUGGUGGAAUUGGACCCGUUGGUGAACCGGGUCGUGAAGGACCAGAAGGUGCGGCAGGGCCGACUGGACGGCCCGGUCAUCGAGGCCGAAAAGGAAAGAGUGUGAAUGAUUUACGCUAUUGUGAGUGCCCAACACGACUGCGAAAGCCAAAGAAGCGCCCUCAGCUGAUAUUUUUUAAAAAGAGCGUAUUCGACAAGGAACAUCAAAACGAUUCUGCUUCCGAUCAACGUCGGUGA